AUGUCCCAAGACAACAAUGGCGGCCUCCUCGGCGGACUCACAGACACCCUCGGCAAAACAGUCGGCGGCGUAACAAACACAGUCGGAGGUGCGGUCGGUGGACUCGGCAACACGGUCGGCGGCGUAGCAGAAGGCGCCGGACAGACGGUUUCUGGCGCAACCGAGGGACUGGGAAAUACCACCAAGGGCGUUGGACAAGGUGUGCAGAAUGGUGUGUCGAGUACUGGGGGCAAGGAGCAGACAGCUGAGAACCCGCUCGGUUUGAACAAGUAG